UUCGCGGAAGUGACGUCAGGGAAGCGAUGGCGGCCCGUGUUGCUCUACCGUAUUGGCUUUAAACUGUUCUCGGCGCUGAGAAAUUGUACGCUUUUUCUUUUCGCUUUCUCGAAGAUUAUCAAAAAGAAGCGGAAUACGCAUAUUGGUUUUAAUGUUGCAGCAGAUGGACAGUCGCACUUCGCGUGGCUUUUGGCAGAACGGAGACAUUUGUUCGACACUCCAGUUUGUUUGACCAUCUUAGCCAGCGAGCAUUUGAAGGAGCCGGACAGAGCAACUACCUCUCUAAAGAUAAAGACAUUCACCAAGUGAUAUAUAACCCACGCACUUUUUUGUAAAAACUGCACUUCAGCACCCUUCACUCGUUUAUUUGAAUCAUAUCAAGACGUGUGAAGUUGUGAAUGGUUGGCAGGAUCUUAUUUCCACAGGUGUGUUGUGUUGCUCUUGUCAGCGGUGUAAAUCACACCUCACGGACUCUGGUGUUAUGGUUGACAUGCUAAAGACCCGCCAAUGUCUGCUCGGUGUGCGCACUUUCCUCGGCGUGACAUCCAGGCUGUGGAGCUUCUUUUUAUACAUCCUCAGGAAGCACAUACGAACGAUAAUCCAGUAUCAAACAGUGCGAUAUGACAUUUUACCAUUGUCCCCCAUUUCCAGAAACCGACUCAACACCGUGAAGCGAAAGAUCCUAGUUUUAGAUCUUGACGAGACAUUGAUCCAUUCGCAUCACGAUGGAGUCCUCAGACCUACAGUACGGCCUGGUACACCGCCAGACUUCAUCCUCAAAGUGGUAAUAGACAAACACCCAGUCAGAUUCUUUGUACAUAAAAGGCCGCAUGUCGACUUCUUCUUAGAGGUGGUCAGUCAGUGGUAUGAGUUAGUAGUUUUCACUGCUAGUAUGGAGAUCUAUGGCUCUGCAGUAGCUGAUAAGCUGGAUAACAACAAGGGAAUCCUAAAAAGAAGAUACUACAGACAGCACUGUACACUGGAUUCAGGUAGUUAUAUUAAAGACCUGUCCGUUGUACAUGAUGACUUAUCAAGUGUAGUCAUUCUUGACAACUCGCCAGGGGCAUAUCGCAGUCAUCCAGAUAAUGCAAUACCUAUAAAGUCAUGGUUUAGUGACCCCAGUGACACAGCACUUCUUAACCUGCUGCCCAUGCUGGAUGCACUAAGGUUCACCGCAGAUGUACGGUCCGUCCUGAGCAGAAAUCUCCACCAGCAUCGACUCUGGUGAUCAUCCGACCGAGGGCUUUCUUCAAGUCCGUUCUUUUUUUUGUUUCGUUUUGUCGAACUGCUUCCCUAUCUGACAUCCGCCUGAUCAUUCUCCCUCGACUCUUGACUCAUCGCCUUUCAAAAACGGCCUUACAUGAGGUCUAUCAGGAGGAGAGUCGAUCCUGAACUCAAAGGGGAUGGAAAAGGCAAACUUUAGGAUGUUUCAGGAAGCUUUUUUGCUUAUGUUUUUUUUCCCUUCUUCAGAAUGGAGUCUCUGCCUUACAGUUCUACCUAUGCUGAUCGUGUGCGAGUUAUGUUUGUGCUAUGUGUGUAUGAGGACAUCUGCUGUUUUUCUUUUUAAUUAUUUGAAGAUAUGGAGUGACUGGAGACUGAAACGAGAUAAAAACAGACCUUUUCAUGACUUGCGUCUUCAAUUCCAGUUUGGGACGUCAUACCUCACUUCUAAAGGUGGUGCAAACGGAGAUCUACUAAACAGACUGGCUAGAAAAAGCCACAGACACUCUGCACAUCUAAUAGAGUUCACUGGAAAAACUAUUGAUGACACAGACCAGUUGGGGGUUAUUGUUGUAGAGUUGUGUAUGCUAUUAUUGAGGUACUGUCUUGGAAAACAUGGGUUUUAACGACUUCUGUAUGGUAGGCCUGUCCCAAUUCAGAAUGUGGAAGAUAGUAUUAUCCAUAUUCUGCAGCAAAUUCUUUUUUUUAAUCUGGUCAAUUGUCAUCCUGUUUUACUUUUGGCAGUAAAUGAAUUUAUCAUGAUUAUCAGGGAGGAUGUAAUAGAAUAUGUGCUUUGAAGAAGCUAAUUGACAGAUUUUAAGCCUUUCUGCUCUAAUUCUUCUCUACAAGAAUGUAUGUGGUUGGUUUUGAAAUCCUACCACUUGGGCGCCUUUUUACAAUUUUUUUUUCUUUCCUGAAAAUGUAAUAAUGACAAGACUUGAAUUUAUAAAACUUGUACUUCAUUGUAUUGGAGAGUUGACUGAGCAAAAGACACCUUUUUUUUACUCAAGGCCUUGUUGGUUUCUCUGUGCACCUGUCAGAUAAUGUCAAUUCUGUUCUCAUCAAUCAAACACUUGUUAUGUCUCAAGGCAGCUUCCUGGGACACAAGGAGUCCAUAGACCUGUGCACGUUACUAAUAAAAACGUGUCACUAUCUCA